AUGGAUCAUUAUCCCAAUUACGGAAGUCAACAAGAUCCACCCUCAGGAUAUAACUAUCCACAAUAUAACGAUGCUUACAGUCAAAGUGGGUAUUCGGCAACAGCCAACACAUCCGAAUAUUAUUACGGGAGUGGAAGUGCUCCAACGGCGGGAAGUAACAGUAGUAAUAGUGGUGCAAAUCCACAGCCAACUACACCGUCAACAUCAUCACAAGGGUAUGCGCCUCAUCCAAGGAGUGAUGGCUACGAAGGCGGAACUUAUUCUUCCAGUUAUAAUUAUGGUAACUAUCCUGCACCAGCCGCCUCAGGGAGUUAUCAAACGGGUCCAGGUUCAUCAUCAACGGGAGGAGGAGGAAGCAUAAAUUCCACAGCACCAUAUAAUACAAGUGGUAGUGGGUAUAGCGGUGGAACAAAUAAGACAAGUUAUCCAGAUCGUGGUAGUGACUAUGGGGAUGGCCCUAGUUAUGGAGGAAACAAAAAUCCCUACGGAGAAAAUUUUAGUAACAGUUAUAAAUCUCGAGAUAAUAGUAGAGAUGGAUAUGGUCCACCAUCAAAAGAAGGUAAUACGUUUGAUAGUUAUGGAAGUCGUUCAGAAGAUAAUUUUACGGACGAAUCAUUAGUUCAAACAAGUGCCGACACGGUUUAUGUAUCAAAUUUGAGUAAAGAUGUUACGGAAGAAAAAUUAAUAGAUCAUUUUGGAAGUCUUGGAAUGUUAAAAAUUGACAAGAGAACGCAGAAGCCAAAAAUAUGGAUAUAUUACGAUAAAGUAUCGGGUGUCCCUAAAGGAGAUGCGACCGUAACGUAUGAAGAUGCAGACUCCACUGCAGCAGCAAUUAAAUAUUUUGAUAAUCAACCAUUUCUUGGUCAGAUUAUAAAAGUAGAAAUGUCUGUUCGAAAAGUUCCUUCUACAGGAUUUAGAGGUCGCGGUAGGGUUGGUAGAGGACGGACCGGAUUUACUAGAGGCGGUGCUGGUCGUGGAGGACCACCCCCACGUGAUGGGGAUUGGACAUGCGAAUCAUGUCACGCUAAUAACUUUGCUAGAAGAAUGGAGUGUUAUAAAUGUCAUUCACCUCGUAGUGAUGCACCUGGAGACGAUACCGGAUAUAAUAGUAGUCGAUAUUCUGGAUCAGUAAGAGGUGGGUAUAGAGUUCGUCGUGGCGGCGGCCCCGUAGCUUAUGGUAGCCGCUAUAACGAUGACGAUAGAGGAUAUGGAAGUAAUGGCUAUCGUAAUAAUGAUAGCAGCAGCAGUGGCCAUUAUGAUCAAGGUUAUGGGAAACCGAGCAAACAGGAUGAUCGACAAGAUCGCAGGGAUAGAUAUCGUCCUUACUAA